AUGCGAAACUCGUUUAUUGUGCUCAUUUCCUUUGCCUCUUCAUUUGUUUUUUUAGAAGGUGCCUCUUAUGACUCGAUGAGAACUUUUUCGGAAAUGUUUCGAAUUCGAAAAGAUCUCGAUGAUUCGAUGAGAAAAGAAGGACAGCCGUGGGCGAGUCGAGAUUUCGUGCGACCGAUUGGGAGUAUCGCUGGAGAACCGAUCUAUCCCGGAAGAUUCGAGUCAAAUGUGGGCGUGGAAUCAUACAUAUUUGACGAGAAUGGAAUCGCUUUUCCACAACGAGCACGACCAUCAAUCGAGACGAUUAUCAACCGAGGAUUCCGGGGAAAUCGAUUUCGGAAUUCGUGGUGG